AUGGCGGACAGUGACCACGAGGCUCACUCUUCGUCAGAUGAGCAUCACUCUCGCCCUGCUUCUGCUAAUCACAGCAGGGACCAUGAGGCUGAACAGCACUCAAGCCAAUCAGACGACUCAGAGGUGGAGAACAUUUUGCACGACCCUCACCACCAUGGAGGGCACGGGCACCACCACCACCACCACCAUCACCAGCAACAGCACCAUGACCUCGAUCAUGAUCAUGAUCAUGAUCAUGACCAUGACCAUGACCAUGACCACAAGCACCAACUCCAACUUGGCCAUGAGCCUCAUGAUGCAGACAGCGAAGCUGAAGGCCCAGACCGCCCCCACACCCCAUCUUAUUUACGUCCCCCCGUUGCUGGUGCACAGUCGGAUUCUGGUUUUGAGCCGAGUUUACCUCAGAGCAGGAGUGUGGAGUUUGACUUGUCCUCCAUCAGUCCCACCAGACCCAAGAGUCCGUGGGGUCGAUUCGACCCGUACAACAAUAAUGAGGACCAGGAUAAGGAAUACGUGGGUUUCGCAACACUCCCCAACCAGGUGCAUCGCAAGUCGGUCAAGAAGGGAUUUGACUUCACACUCAUGGUAGCAGGAGAGUCUGGCCUGGGAAAGUCCACUCUGGUAAACAGCCUCUUUCUCACAGAUCUUUACAAAGAUAGGAAGCUGCUCAAUGCUGAAGAGCGCAUCAUACAAACAGUAGAAAUCACCAAACACACAGUGGACAUAGAGGAGAAAGGUGUCAAGCUGAAGCUCACUAUCGUGGACACCCCUGGGUUUGGAGAUGCUGUAAACAACACUGAAUGCUGGAAGUCAGUGGCUGACUACAUCGACCAGCAGUUUGAGCAGUACUUCAGGGACGAGAGCGGCCUCAACCGCAAGAACAUCCAGGACAACCGCGUCCACUGCUGCCUCUAUUUCAUCUCGCCAUUUGGUCAUGGCCUCCGGCCUUUGGAUGUGGAAUUCAUGAAAGCCCUACAUGAGAAGGUCAACAUCGUCCCCAUCUUGGCCAAAGCAGACACACUCACUCCAACUGAGGUCAAGAAAAAGAAAUUCAAGAUCAGAGAAGAGAUUGAGCAAUAUGGUAUCAAGAUUUACCAGUUCCCUGACUGUGACUCUGAUGAAGAUGAGGAGUUCAAGCAGCAGGACAUUGAGCUCAAGGAAAGCAUUCCCUUCGCAGUAAUCGGCAGCAACACAGUGGUGGAGGCAAAAGGAAAGAGGGUGCGAGGACGACUGUACCCCUGGGGCAUCGUAGAGGUGGAGAACACGGCACACUGUGACUUUAUAAAGCUGAGGAACAUGCUCGUUCGGACACAUAUGCAAGACCUGAAGGAUGUUACCCGGGAGACUCACUACGAGAACUACAGAGCCCACUGCAUCCAGAGCAUGACCCGCAUAGUGGUGAAGGAACGCAACCGCAAUAAACUAACCAGGGAGAGCGGCACAGAUUUCCCAGUCCCCGUGGUGUCAGGAGGGGACAACGAGACAGAAAAGCUCAUCCGAGAGAAAGACGAGGAGUUACGGAGGAUGCAGGAGAUGCUGCAGAGGAUCCAGGAUCAAAUGCACACUCAGAAGGAAGCCUAUUAACACAGGACACAAGUUACACUUUCUACAUGUCACUCUGCAACUGGGAUUGAAAAAAAAAGAACACCCAGAAACCUUUAUUUCUCUUUUGAACAUUGAUAUCCUGUGUUUCCACACAACCAUCCACAGUACAUGGAUCAAGGACGGGAGCAGGCGGUAUGAUAUGGUUCUGACAUUCGGGCGUAAUGGCUCCCUUUAUCCUCUUCAGGGUCUCUGACAUUAUGACUCCACUGCUGCAAAACACUCCACCCUUCACUCUUCUGUUUUCUGUCUGACGUUUAAAAGAAUAGGACACGGUUUUAGUAUUGGUUUCCUGUAAUAAUGAGAGUGAUGUUUCAGCUAUCUGAACUUUAUUUAGCCACAUGAUCACAGGGUUUUUUUAUUUUCAUUUUUAUUGUAUUUUAUUUUAUAUAAGGUUUGGUAUGAGGUUUUUCAUACAGGCACCUGCUUAGAUUUUGUUAAGCACAUUUUUUUGGUGCAAGUUUUUAUUUUUACUAUCUUAAAGGUCAUCAUGCAUAUUGUUAUAAUUUACUUAUCCAUAAAACACUCAUAAACAUCUGUUCUACUGUAUAGAUUGUUUUUUUUUUAUCAUUUUCUAUCAUUUUCCUUCUGAUGAGGUUCCUCUGGUUUAAUGGGUUUGGAUUAAUUUACAUUUAAUUGCAACCUCUGCUGCCUGACAGAAUGCACGUUAGUGGCUCUGCUCAGUGUCAGCCAAUCUUAACCCACUGCAAUGCUUACUGAUCGCCAUAUCAUAGUUGAAGUAUCUUUUUACAUGAGAAGAACUCUUUUAAUUUUGGGGGGAAAUAUCUAGAACAAUUUUUCAAAGUCAGUGAAUCUCACACAAGAGCUAUCGCCUGUGUGAGCCUGCGCCAGCUGUUAGUCUUUAGCGGUGAUUAGGACUUUGAUCACACAAGGCCCUUUAUGUGCAUGAGGUGAGCCUCCAGGGGGAAGGUUGCAGCAAAAGGCCAGGUAGAGUAUUUAUUUUUGCAUGUGUUUUGUGCAGGUUACACAGAUUGCAGAUAAAAAAAAUGACCAGUUUAUUGUGGGCGAUGAAUAUAUGUAGCCAUGUAAUUGUUGGGGAAAUGUAUGGAGAAGAGAUUCAUUCUUUUUUUUUUUUUUUUUGAGGGGACUUGUAAGUUGGAUGUGUGCUUAACUUAAUGUUCCUCUUAUAACCAAAGGCAACAAUUGUCUUACACUUUUGAUUUCCUUUUCAAAGUGUGACUUACAUUAAGCUUUUCUUUUAAAGAAAAAACCUAAAAGCAAAGAGUAACAAUCAAAAUUAUUUGGAUGAACUUGAUUCUCCAGCUAGUCAUUUUUUAAACCCCUACGUACAAACUUUCUUUUUCUUUUUGGAAAUUGAAUGACUCUGCCAUCUUGUGUGACCUUUGUUAUGUAAAAAAAAAAACAUUCCUCAAGCUUCUGUCCCAGAGUCAGGUAUUAUUUUGGUUUAUGAAUUUGUUUUAUAUCAAAUUUGUCUUUUGUUAUUCUACUUUUUGAAGUAUAUUUAUGUAAGAAAUUUAUAAAAUGAAAUGCAGAUGGAGAGGACAAAUGUACAAAUUCUAAUAUUGUAAUAAAAUAUGGUCAAAAUGUCAUGCCUCCAUCAGAAACUGAGUUGUGCUUUAUGUUAUGAAAAACAUGCUGACAGUCUAUCACCAAUAUACAUCAAGUCAAUUGGCGCCUUUGUUUCUGAGUUAUGACUGGAGGGCAGCUUACCUUGUGGCCACGCCCCCUCAUUUUUUAUCACAAUAAACCAUUGCUGUAAACCA